AUACCAUAGAAGAAGAAGAAGACACAAGUGAACUAUCUUGGUUUAGUUGUGAAUAUCUUUGACUACAAGCAUGCAAGCUCUAUACAUAAAAUAUGCUACGCAGUUGACUAAGUGAAAGGGAAAGUCUUUAAGGCUCACUUCUUGCUAUGCAGUUGGCUAAGUGAAAGAGAAAGUCUGACACUCACUUCUUGCUACGCUAUCAAAAUCAUGGACAAACUGUCUAUCUUUUUGUUUGUUCUUUCGUUUUACACCAUUGUCAACACAGGUUCAGGAUCACAUUCUCUGUGGGCACUUGCAACAUAUAUAGGUGGAGAGACGCCUUUCCCUGAGUUCAUGGUUGUGGGGAUGUUGGAUGAUGUUCAAGUGGCUUACUAUGACUCCAACAUGAAACACUUUAUCUACAGGGGACAUAACCCAACAGACAAAAUUCCUGAUAACGAAGCUCAGGACGGAGCUUAUGUAUUUGGAAAUAUGUACAACACCCUGAAAGUGAGAUCAUUUAACCUGAAGAACCACUUAAACCUCACAGAAGGUGUUCAAGUUCAGCAAAGAAUGGCUGGCUGUGAGAUGUUGGACAAUGGUGAACCAGCCCUGAUCAUGCAAAAGGCCAAUUUCAAUGGCAUUUUUGCAGAUUUUGCAAUAUAUUACAACAUGACACAUUUUACAUACGAUGCUGGGAAACUACUUAUAGGAUGGGAUGGGAUGAUGCAAGCAUAUAAAAGAACAGUUUAUGAGAAUGUUUACCUUCCCAUGUGCAUCAGAACACUGAAGAGUUUCCUGAAGAGAGGGAAGAAUGUUGUGAUGCGUAAAGUGCCUCCCAGACUCAGGUUGAUAAAGAAAGAGGUUUCUGGAGGGCUCCAGGUGAGCUGCCUGGCGUUUGGUUUCUACCCCCGCCACAUCAACCUGACCCUGCUGAGAGACGGCCAGCCAGUGGCAGAACAGGAGCUGACAGGGGGGGAGGUGCUGCCUAGUGGAGAUGGGACCUACCAGCUGAGGAAGAGUCUGGAGGUCAGUACUGAGGAGCUAAAGAAGAGACACAACUACACCUGUACUGCCUCUCACCUCAGUCUGGACAACAAGCUGGAUGUCAGUUGGGAGUCUGGGGCAGAGAGAGUACACCUAUCCACCCUCUCAGCUCUACUGGUGAUUGUACUGAUUGUUAUUCUGUUGGGCAUUUUCAUUUGCGUCAAAAGGAGUAGAUUCACUGCCUCCCAGUCUAAACUUGCCAACGUUGAUGAAAAAGUGUCGGAGGAAAUGAACCUUUCUUCAGAUUCUGAGACCUAAUAUAUUUUUGGGACACUGAUGCAGCUUUGUCAAUUCAGCUCCAUUCACAAUGAAAAAAUGACUGCCAGAGCACCUAAUGAGGGCAGACACAAAAUGUGCAAAAUAUUCUGUUAUUGUCGGUCAAUCUUCCCUUCCUUUCAACAAAGGACUGUAAAUGAUCAGUUUGGGUAGACUGUUGACAAUAACAAAUAUCUGCGCAUUAUUAGUACAGAUCUUAAUUCAUAAAUUGUAUAUGCUGGUUUGGCAACCUGAGCAUUAAAAAAGGUAAUAUGGUAGUUAUUUCUAUUAUGUAAUCUGUAAUUUAUAAUCAUGACUAUUCACUAAUUGUACAAUGCACUCUAUAUCUGUGCUGUAUUAGCUGAUAGCCAGUAUCUUAACCAGAAGGAGAAUCAUGUGAUCAUGUGUAUGAGGUCUGUUUAUUAAUGGAAUGACUUUAAAGUGUAUCUGUUUUGUAUUGGAUGAUGUUCAUCCUACCUGCACAAUAAUACCCUUUAUUACAGACAAUGAAAUGUAGCCUAAUCGAUUAAUGCAUUGAUUCAUUUAACUAAGACAUUAAUUAAAGCAAUGUCAAGUAUACCUUAAUUUCUCUCAGGAACUUGUUUAUCACUGUGGAAGGGAGAGAAAUCGGACACUAUUUCACUCCAGUUUAAGACUGGCAUGAGUAUUCAACUAAAGUGAAUGUUGUAUGUAUUAUAAAUAACAGUUUUAUCAUAGAAUGCCUUUAGUAGAGAAUGAAUCUGUUCGAUUGUAGUCAGUGCCAUGAAAAGUCAUUUUCUAGUUUACAGUAGCACACCGCUCGUUCUAAACAUUAUUUGUUUAGUGUUACUUUUCCCCAGUCAAAUAUUCAGGCCUACAUUUCCACUUCAAGGCUGGACCACAACAUAAAACAUAGCUUUUGAAUAUAAGAUCUAGUUUAAUUAACUGUAUUGAACACUGAAUGGUAUAUCAAAAGGCUGCAAAGCCAAUGUCUCCAUUCCACAUUUAGAAAUAAGUAUCCUUCCAUGUUACCUGCUUCCUAAUGAAACCAGCUAGGUUCAAACCUAGUUCUCCUGCGCACCACGAUACUGUGUUAGCCCUCUGAGCUAAAUCCUAGAACCACUGGCGACAUUCCUAAACCUGCUGUCUUGCUGCUAUUUUACAAAUAAAACAAACAUCAAUAUCUUAUCUACAUUUCAUUACUGACAUAAAGAGCGUGUACAAAGGCUGUGUUCCAAAUAGCACCCUAUUCCCUCCAUAGUGCACUAUGGGCCCUGGUUAAAAGUAGUGCACUAUGUAGGGAAUAGGGUGCCAUUUGGGAUGUAGCCAUAUUUACUGGCUUAAGUCAAUUAAGUUCCCCAGGUCUGCACGCUCCAGUGUUUUACCUAAAGGAAGAAAAAAGGCUGAAUUGUAUUUGUCUUGUAGACUAAUGCCUAAUAAAGAGAAAUGUAAUUUGUCAAUCUGAAAUGAGUCAAGAGUUAGUGCUGUCUACCCUUUUCCAAAUAAAGUAUUGUUUAUUGUGAACCUUG